GGCUUUCACAACCAGGAAACCUGGCUGCAAGUGACAUCAACAGUAAUAACAGCAGUAAUAGCAAAUACACACUGAUUUCUUACUGCGUGCUGGACUUCUGUCAGACCCAUGAAUCCAUGAGUGACUAGGCUAUGAGUAACAUCCCCAUUUCACAGAUGAAAAUAAUGAGGCUCAGAGAGGAUAAGAAUUAACCAAAGUCCUUCAGCCACUAAAGGGCAAGGGCUUGAACCCAGGUCUAAGUUACUUUCAGAGUGUGAGGAGUAGUUUCAGACCUGAUGACAAAUUGACAACUCUUUAGCAUUUUAGAUAAAUUCUAUUGUCUUCCAGGACCUGUCACACACUCCCCAAGCCCCACUGGGUCAAGUAAGACCUUUUAAGGUAGCUAGAAACAGGGAGGCAAAAGUCAUCAUGGGCUUUAUCCAGGAAUUCCUGGGGAAAGUAGAAGACUGAGAGAUAAGGCUUAGGCUGCACCCACAAAGCACGUACCCUAAAAGGCAGACAAGGGGAAUGUUAAUAGUCCCUGUCUGGGGAACAAAGCACCAUUGCUUAGAGAAGCAGAGGUUUUGAUCUGUAGGAUAAGGCUGGGUGCCACAGACAGACAAUUCUCCCAGAGAUAUCCCAACACUUGUAGCUGUCUAUGACUUUCAUUUUCUUUUAAAAUCUUUGUUCAUCCAGGCAGGUUUGGGCGUCAGCUCAGCGCCAUGGGACCUCUCUGACUCAAAGCAACAGGUUCACCUCUCUGUGGCAAGGACAGGAGACAGCCCCCCACAUCUCUCCAGACUUGCAGGGGACUUCAAACCCCUGUUCUCAAAUCACUCAUCUCACCUGGCCUGCACAGCAGGCAGAUCCCAAGGGGACAAAGUCAUAACCUCAAGGUUCAGAACACCUAUUUAGGAAUCAUAUAUCCUUUGGUUCAAAUUCCAUCUCCUCCACUCAAUAGUUAACCCUCUCCUAGCCUCAGUUUCAUUAUCAGUCCAAUGAGGAUAAUGCUGUAAGGAUUAAACGAGAUCAUGCAAAAUUGGAAAGGCAGUGGAGUGUAGGAGUUAAGACUACAAGCUAUGGUGUCAGACUGUUUACGUUGGGAUCCCAGCUCUGUCCCUAGCUGUGAGGCCCUGGGCAAGUUACUUAACCUUUCUGGGGUUCUCAUUCUUCAACUGUAAAAUGGGGGUAAUGAUAGUAUCCACCUCAUAGGGUAGUUUGUGAAGAAUGAAUGAGUAUGUCUUGGAAAGCACUUAGAACAACACCUGGUACAUUAGUGAGGACUCAGUAGAUGCGAGUUGCUAUGAUUAAUGCAUGUAAAGACCACAGCAUAGUAAAAACAAGUGUUCAGUAAAUGAUAACUGUGAUUAUAAGGUGCACUUUCUGUAGAGAAUUUCAUGUACAAUUAUCUCCUAAGAAAGCAAUUAAAAAAUGAAGAUGUUAGGGGAAAAUCUUGUUCUCAAGUAAUCGUUAGAGUCCUAGGAGAGAGCAGUGGCCUCAGCGGGAUGCCCCAGGACCCCCAACAGCCAGGCUCUUGUUGGCUUCCAAACGACCUGCCCUUCAUCCCGCCAUCCACUCAUUCACCAAGUGCUCAUUGAGCAGCCACAGUGAGCCUGCAGGAGGGCUGGGGAUCCACAGCACGGAACAACAGGGCUCUAGCCUCUGCCCUCCUAGUGCUUACAGGGUAGUGGGAGAGACACACUAAAUAAAUAUGUACACAGGUGAUUAUUACAGCUGCCAUUCGUGCUAUGAAGGAGGUAAUGUGAAUGUAUAACAGGGUCUUGACGUAGUCUAGGACUGGGAGUGUGUAUGAGGGUGGAGUGAUUGGAAAGGCUCCCUGAGGAAAGGACAUUUAAGCUGGGGCUUCUUGAAUGAAUAGGAGUUGGCUGAGUGAUGCCUGGGAGUGGAGGGAGAAAAAGGUCCAGGCAGACAGGUAUUUUGUUUAAGGCUCUGCAGCCAGAAGAUACCUGGCUCACUAGGGGAACAGAACGAAGGGCAGUAUGGUUGGCUUAUUCCUAACCUUCCACUCAAAAGUGCUCAGAGUUAUGAGGCUGAAAUGUGGAGAGAAACCAAGGUCCACAGGAACUUCAUUCUCAGCAGCGACUGUCAUCUCUUCUGUUUCAGAUGUUUGUUGCCUGUUUGCAAAGACUGCUUGCUGGCUCAGGCCCAACCCCCAAGGCCAGCCGAACGGAGACCUCAGGUCAAAAUUCAGAGACUGCAGACAUGUCUCACUCUGCCUCCCUGUGAACUGCAGCCAAGACACCACGACGGGGACUCUGUCCUAUGAAUCCCUUCUGAUGCCUCGAUCCCAUCCUGGUCACACUCCACUGGGUUAUGUGAAGUGAUUGAGGAAGAUAAGUUUCCCUCACUGAAGAAAAGGAAGUAGCAUGAAAGAAAACAAUGGCCCCAAAGGAGGGAUUUGUGUUUGACAUAAAUGGAGAUGUUCCCUUAGGAGCAUCAUAUAUCAUCAGAGAAGUAAACCUCCAGGUCAUUUAUUUCUCCGCCUAUUUACACGCUAUGCAAAGAAGAUGUCUUUAAGUUUCUUGCAGUUUUACCCUGGAAAUUGAUGUUUGGGGAAAGGAAGUCUUACAUUCAGAUAUAGCAGGUUUCUUUUGGAAUCCAUACCCUGGGAGUCUGGCACUAUCCCCUAAAUGGUACUUUUGUUGUUUUUUUGUUCAAGACAGCAAGUUUCCUCCAGGAUCAGACCUGCCGGCUUGCCUCCCUUGAUAAACAGCCCACCAGCUCUCUUGGUAGAUGAGAUGUUUAAUCAUUAGCCUAACUCAUUUUUUAUCUAAGUAGCAAUUAUCACUGCAAUGAUAUAAUAUUUUAACUGCAGAGAAAGCAUUAGGGAUCACUCCUAAGUAGAAUCCAAGGGCUGGGAAUGGCCAACAAAGCUUCCCGCACUAAGAGGAGAGGACCACCCCAUCCCAACUGGCAUUUCUCCAUGUCUGAAAUGCCAUCGUUAGAUGCUGCUCCAAAGACCUAAGGAAAUGUGCCCAGGAGAAGCGCAUGGUCCCAACCCUUUCAACUGAGGCUCAAUGGCCCAGCAAACUAUGAAAGUGCGGCCUGUUCUCCUAAAGCGAAACAGUCUGGAGUCGGUGGAGCUUGUGAAACAACCUCACCACCGCAGGAGCAAAUCCCAGCAGGUGCGGUUCAAGGAAGAUGGGACCAGUAAGAAUCCAAGUGGCCUAGCCGAGGUUGAUGUCCAAACUUCCGAAGACUCGGCUGUGAUGGGGAAGACUCAAGCAUCCAGGCACCAUCAACUCCCCACCUACUCACUCUCCUUACCCAGAUCUGAAAAGGCAGGGGGCUUUCGGAACAUCGCAAUCCAAACCUCCCCCAGUCUCAGGAAGCAUUUCCCAGUUUUCAAAAGGAAGAAACUCACAGCCAGCAAGUCCCUGGUGGAAAUGCCAACAGCAACCCAAAGUGCCAUCCAGGUCAACGGCAACCUCUCCAAACAAGACAUUGUGUCUUCUGACCUCGCCUACUUAAGGCUGGCUCAGCAUCUUGAGGAUGGGCCUCGAAGGGUCAAGUUGUCCCACUCAUUUCUCCCGAGGGUGUCCAAGGUGCAAAGCAAUGGGCCUGUUAGCAUCUGCUUGGAAGCAGGGACAUGGGGGGCCUCAGAGAAAGCAACAGCUGCCAUUCAGGUCCCGGAUGAUAUUUAUCACAGUCCUUCCUGGGAAGCUAGAGGGGUCACUUUCAGCCCAGACAAGUUGGCUGAGAUCAGUAACUCCAUACAACCUGUGGUCAAAAUGUGUCCAGGUGAUGGGAGAAGUGGGCUGACAGCAGAUUCACAAAAACCCCUCUCCUGCUUAAAUGCCACCAGCGGCGCCAACCACACACCAGGCACAGACAAAUUGCAACCCAAAUUGCUCUUGUCCAAAGACAACCCCGAUGAUAAAGACCUUGGUCCACUAUCAUCUCUGUCCAAGGAAAGGUGUGUCCCCUCCCCUCCACGGACUCACAGCUCCCCCUCGCCAGGCACCCACAGCCAGCCAGCCCACCCAGGAAGAACUUCAGACUGUCUUUCAUUGGGUAACAAUCACCAGGACCUGGUAUCACCAACAGCUAACAGUGGGUCAAGAUCUGCAGCCCCGUGUCAGGAGGAGAUGGUGAAGCAUUCCAUGCAGUCAGACACCCUGGACUUUCCAAACUGUUUAGGAAGUGAUCCCACCCCAUCCUCUCUUCCAAGGAAUGAAACAAAACUUCCAACCAACAAAGAGAUGAGUGGAAUGAAUCAAAUUCACCUGGCCCGGGGUGAACUCUUCGACCUCCAAGGCAGGCUGCAAUCUGUGGAGGAAUCCCUGCACUCGAACCAAGAGAAAAUCAAAGUCCUGUUGAACGUAAUUCAAGACUUGGAAAAAGCUAGAGCUCUCACAGAAGGGCGCAACUUUUAUCGAACUGGCCAAGAUCUCAACAAUUGCAGUACCUGCCAGAACACGGCGUGCAUCAUAUACAGUGUAGAAUAUGAUUUCCGGCAGCAGGAAGGCAGGUUCCAUGAAGUUCUACAGAGUCUGGAGGAAGCGGAACCUGUUGAGGAGGCCUCUUCCCGACCAAAGUCCCCAGUAGAACCCCCAGUCCCUGAGAAACAGGACUUGAGGCGGAAAACCAAGAAGGUGAAGAAGAAGUGCUUCUGGUGGAUCUGAGCUGGUUGGAACCAUGCUCUCUGCCCUCGCCAAAUGGCCUCCCUGACUUAGGAAAACCACUGCUCUCAGGCCUUCUCUGCAUCUCGGCAAAGGCUCGAGGGUGUGAGCCACUUGACCUUGCAAAUCAGGAAAGGCUUGGGGCUGGUAUAGCCGCUGCUGGAGACCGGACGCCAGCCUUACCUGAGUGAGUGCCACUGCUUGCUGAGGACUUCACGGACACUAGAGUGACCGAGUUUCCUGUCACCCACAGCCAGGCAUAAUCUUGGUUUGCAGGCCCAGAUUUCCACCGUGAGCAAAACUCGCUACCACACUUUCCAGCACCUCCAUAACACUAAGCACUUGCUUCCCAUAGUAGGUUCAUCAACCCAAAAGAAAAUAAAAGUGCUGUGCAGAGCAGGAAGAUAGAGGAGGGUUAUACACAGAUACCCCAGACAAAGUAGAUAAAUAAAUAAACUGUCAGUUUACUAAGAUAUCAACAUACAUAAGCACAACAGAAGUGGGCAGGGCAUAAAAAUGCAAGAUCACUGUGGUGUGUUGAGGCCAUUUUUAAUUAGCUCCUUGAUCCCGAAUCAAGGACUUGUCCUGUCACACCGUGGGGCCUUACUGUUUGCCCCAAAGUUAGGUCACCCCAGGGUAUAAAGAAUUGACACUGUGGCUUCCCUGCAUGGUUUUAAUCAGUAAGGGCUGUGGUUGAAAUUUUAAGAGGAUUUCCACAGUUGUAGCUGCUCCAGUACCCGCCCUAAACCAUCAUGCCUCUGGGAACUGAGACUGCCUGGCAGCAGUGUGGAAUCUGGCUUGAGUUUGAACUUUAAGAUUCCACAGUUGGUUUAUCUGCAACAUUAAAGAUCAUGACAUCCAGCAGCCUAUCAGUUACAUUUUAUCAGUACAAUAAAUAAGGUAGGAAAAAACACAACACUGGUUCUCAUCCUUUCCUUCCACGCAUUCUCCUGCAGCAGCCUUGUAGAUAGGUUCAAACAUAUAUUAAUCACACAGUCUCCCUUCCUGGUGAGCAGACUAUGGUCAUCUGAUUGAAGCAGAAGCAGCAGCAGAACUGGGGAUAAGGAUAUAUAUGCAUAUAUUUUUUCAUUUUAGUAUUAAAGACCUUUCUUCCCCGAAGUCUGAAUUCUUUUAAGGUCUGGCUCAUUCUUUUGACAAGACCCUAUACACAGAGGUCCCGUCAAACUUGCAUGGCUGAACAAACUACUAAAGUAAUAAAAUUAAGUAAUUGCUACAUACUCUUGGGGGUGAGGGGUAAAAUAGCAAGGUUCAGACUCUUCUUAAUACAAAUUCUCUACCAGCCUGUGGAUGGACUGAUGCUGACAGAAAAGCAUGUAUUAAAUGAAGAAGGCAUUUCAGAACCCCCUUUUCUGAAGAUCCAGUAUCUGCAUUAGGUUCUUUGCAGGGUUCAGCAUCCCGUGUGUAAGUAGGAUGUAUGUAAUCCACUGCAAAUUGAGAGUAUUUGAGCAAACCACUCCAAUAGUUUCACCUUCCCUUGUCACAGCUCUGCAGUGCACAAAGCUAUUUCAGUGAGACCGAGAAGGAAACUUGGCAAGGAAUCUCGGCCUGCACUAUUUAAGUCUUGGAAUGUCAUUCAGGAUGUUCUUGUUCUGUUUCUAGUGUAAUGUUUAAACCCACAAAACGAGAGCAGCAUAUAUAACGUCGUUAGAAUUAAGAUAAAUACACUUGUCAUACUUAGGAAGCCACAUUUCAAUAAGAUACGCUACCACUGUCUAAAAGCCACAGAUCUUUCUUUCUGUAUCCAUACAAUCAACUCUCAGUUGGCCCCAGAAAUGGAAAAGAACAGCACAGAGGAUAAUCCAAUAAAGCAAAUCAUUUGGGUUCUAUGAUAUAAUUUCAUCUUGUAGUAGAGCUUCCAUCUUAAUUUGCUUACACUAAUUUUCAAAUGAAUUUAGAUUCUUGGGCAGCAUGCUAGAAUAAAGAGAAUGCUGCUCCCGGAAUUCAGAGACCCAAGCAAAACAGCAGUCUUUUCCACUAACCUUGGCCAACUUGCUAAAACUUUCAGAGCCUGUUUGUCCAUUCCCAAAUGGGGUAAGAACACCUGCCCUAUCCACUUUAUAAGCUUUAACACAUUCCAACACGAGAUGGACUGACCUGAGCUGAGCUGAAUCAUUUGCCAAAGUUAGCCUGGAAUAAUAAAGAGAUGUCUGAGAUAACAGACCAAACAUGGCAACAUACGCUUUGAUAAUUAAAAAGUUGCUGUAGUCAUCUAUGUACGUUGAGGGCCUCAGAUAAACCUUCAAUGGAGUUAAAUGAAAUCUACAUUGGAAAAAAUUGACAUUUCUAGAAAUAGAACCAAACUAGGCUAUAAUGAUUCUAUACCAAAGCACAACACAGCAUUGCUUGGGCCACAGACUGGAAACUGGGAAAGUUGAACAUUUAAAAUUGUUUUGGGGGAAAAGGAUUUGGUAAACACCUUCCUGCUGAACAAAAAUGACCAUCUCUGUUUAACAAAACACACAUACAUAUACCAAAACUCCAUACUCACUACUCAUGUGAAAAUUGCUUCUUCUUUGUAAAAUAUUAUGUAACGUCUGCCAUGAUAUUCUACAGAAAUACUUGAGGUUAUAUGGUUUUAUGGAGAGAGAUUAAUUUAGUAAAAAUUACUUUUAUAAAAUGGAAGGGAAAAAAAAGAAUGAAAUAUCAACUUAAGUUGCGGGAAUUUAUGUAGCUGCUUUCUCUGUAGUUAUUAAAAAAAUGCAUACUCACUAUACUUGGAACUUAACACCAGCUCAUCUAUAGAGCACCUUCUUAAAGACGAUGUAUUAAUGUAAGGUUUUGUAAAUUUCUAAACUGUUUUAAAUGGGAUAUUAUCUUUUGCAAUAAACUUACAUAUUUUUCCUAGGUUUUAAGACUCCAUUACUAGCUUGGGUAUACUUGGGUUGUAAAAUUUUGACUUAAGAAGGGGGUCUCAACGGCCCUAAGGGAAGGGAUGGUUCUCAUCAUAAUUGCUUCUAUAUAUGUCCCAGGGAAACAAGGAACAGCUUCAGAACUUAGUGCCACAAUGAUCAUGAGAAGCCAUGUGUGUCCUGAGAGUGAGGAAGGCCACGUGAGUCAAUGGAGCAGAUCCAGCUUCAUUCAGAUGGAUACAUAUUUAUGAUUUUUAUUAUUUAUACCCUUACACCAGAACUAAGGAGUACUGGUUGCACAAUGGUUAAGCACUUGGCUGUUAACCAAAAGGUCGGCGGUUCAAAACCACCAGAGGCUCCACAAGAGAAAAGAUCUUGAGCUCUGCUUUUGUAAAGAUUUCAACCUAGGAAACACUAUUAGGCAGUUCUACUCUGUCCUACCGGGUCACUGUGAGUCGUGAAUCAACUCAGCAGCACAGAAUGACAAUAACAACACCUGAAAUAUAAUUUAUUUAUAUUUUUCCUUAAAGAGCAACAGUAUAUCACCACAAGGAAAAUGAAUAUCAUAUUCCAUAAAUAGAAGAUGAAAUCAAAAUAUUUUAUUAAGUUCUUGCUAGGGUGUUGAAGGCACUAAGCCAGAGACCAGCUCGCUUUGUUAAAGGGAGAUUAACAAAUAUCCAACACGUGCUAAAGCCACAUUAACACUAAACACAUUUUCUACUUCACUAAGCAGGAUGGUUGAGAGAGAACUGAAAAGAAAACAACUUUCCCAUCAGGUGAUUCAAUGUAUGUUUUCCUGCUUGGGCCAGGAACCAGCUAAAACUUGUUUACACCUAGAGUGAGAGGCUCUCACUUUAUGAGACUCCAAUUUAGGAAGGAAACACACACACACACACACACACACACACGCACACAACCACCCUGGACACAGAAUCAAAAGUCUUGGGUUUGACACCAUUCUGCCAUGAUCUCUUUGCUGAGUGACCUUGGGCAAGUUACUUAAACUUCUCUGAGACUCAAUUCCUCGUUUCCAGUGCUGAGCAAAGGGCUCAAUGGUUAAGCACUCAGCUGCUAACCAAAAGGCUGCUUACCAAAAGGUCGGAGGUUCAAGCCUACCAGUCACUCUGUGGGAGAAGAGACCUGGUGAUCUGCUCCAGUAAAGAUUACAGCCUUGGAAACCGUAUGGGGCAGUUCUACCUGUCCUAUAGGGUCACUAGGAGUUACAAUCGACUCAAUGGCACACCACCUCUACUGCAACCGUGCUGAGCACGACCCCUGCCUUACAAGGGGUCCUGACAAUUAAUUGAAUGAAAGCCCAGGACAGGGGCUCAACAAAGGCCUAUUCAUUCAUUUGCCAAUUGAAGUAAAUCGGGAGAGGGGGCAGAAGAUGUCUUCAAGAGGCUGCAGUGGUUUUCAGAACCCUGUGGAAACAGGUUUAAGAUUUUCUCGGGGCAGAUAAUGGGAUGGAUAAGGAAUGAAUUCUUCCUGGCCUUAGUAGAACCACCAGAAACCAUGAUUAAACAACAAAGUCCUCAGCGAUUCAGAAGAACACAUGGCAUAUGAAACACAGCCUAACGCUGGGGGGUGAAGGAUUCCUGCAGUGCGUAAUCACAUACCCUAAAGGUGAAAGGGACUGGAAGAGCCAGUCCCCUCCCUUUUAAGCAUGAGGCAAUUAAGUAAGAUUAAUGAUUUACUCAAAGGUUUGCAGAAAUCACGUGGCAAGUGAGUGUUAGGAGUGAUGUGUUUGGCAGGCAGAAUGCCAGAGGGGCUGAGCACCAAGAAUCAAAGAUCUUUGAGGAUAGACUUGAAACCCCUUCUUGCCUACAGGUACAAUUUUUGCUUCAAUGUAACUUUCACUUGAAAAGGCUCUAAUUUUAAGCUGCUCCAGGCAACUUGCCUCAUGCUCAAAACAUAUUUCUUUUUUUAACUUUCAUGAAACAUAGAUGUUUUAUGAUCAUUAUACCCAUUGAGCUUUGCUUGCAAUAAAAAGAACUGGGGACAAAUCCAACACUGUUCACGUUUCGUGCAAACCCUUGACUGGCUAAAUGAUCCUAAUACUCUUUUGGGUACUUUCAACUCAACUGCUUCCCAUCUUAUUUUAACCAAUUUACAGCCUAAAUUCCUAUUGAUCACAUCUCACCACCCCUACCCCAGAGGUUUCCCAAAUAUAUGAUUUCUUCCUGCCUCCUACAGAACCCUCCAGCCCUGAAGAGCAGAGAUAACUCCUGGAAAACACAGAGCUUGAUUUUUUCAUUGCAGACUAAGCCAGGUCCCAAGGCAAGUGUCCACUACUGUCAUCCUGUCCGAGGUCAUGUUCGUCUCUCGCCUGGCCUCCAACAAGACUGUCCUAAUUGGUCUCCCCCCAUCCACUCCAUUCCCCAUCCAAUUCAUCCUCCAUGGCAGCUAGAACAAUCAUAGCAAAAUUUACAUCCAAAUCAUGUCACUCUCUGGCUUAAAACCAUUCAAUGGCUUCCCAAUGAACUUAGGAAGUAAAACUAGGCUUGUGACCAUGACUUAGAUGACUUUGCAUGGCCUGGCCCCACAGCCUCUCCCAUUGACUCUCCCAGCACAAGCCCUUUCACUGUCUGCUCUCCAGUCCCACGGAGCCUCCUUGGGUUCCUUGAACCCAUGAUGCUAACAAUCCCUGCCCCCUACCACACACACACACAAAAGGGUCUGUGUACACGGUGCCUUCUGUCUGGAACACUCUCCACCACACUACCAUCUCUGCUCAGUUUCCACCUCCACUGGGGCUUCCCAGGCAAUGCCUUCCAAGGCUACCACCACCAUUGCCCAGACCACACCAAAUAAUCUCACCCACUCACCUGGCGCCACAGACCUCUCCAUCAGAGUUCUUGGCACUGUAGCCCUCAUACAUAUAUUUGUGCCAUUUUUUGAGGAAUGCAUUUCCCGGUCACUGGCGUAUUACCUACCUAAAGUAAGAAAAUUGCUUAAUUUCGCUUGCCUUUGUAUUUGCAGCACUUAGCACAGUAGCAUUCAAAUAUCUGUUGCAGGAAAAAAUUAAUAAAUGAAUUGGAUCCAGUGAUAAGACCCUAAGAAACAGAUGUCCAGUUUUCUCUUUUCCAUCAGUCCUCACAUGAGGAUGUCUCCACUGGUGUAUACAGUCCCGAUUUGUGUUCCCAAGAGCACCCGGUCUUCCACAGAUUCAGACCUUUAGCAGCUAUGUGCCAAGGCUUCUAACUCCACUCUGGUCCAUAGGGCAUUCAAGACCCAGGAACAUUAAGUUACUACUGUCCUCCCCAACCACCACCCCAGCCCCUUUAUCCUGACCAGUGACAGCCCAGCUUAACCUUGUUUCAGAACAAAUUGCCACCAUAAUUAAAUCCCAAUGCACUUUACACAUUCUACCGAGAUACUGCCUGACUGUAUGAAAGAGAAAAUGAGUUUUGAAAUUAAAGCAGAUUGUUAACUAUUUUUGCCGUAAUGUUUCCAUUAAAAUGCCAGAAUUUAUUACAUGUGACCAAGUCCAUUUCAGACAAAAUGCAAUUUAAAGGAGAUAGGGUCUGUCUGACUAAAUAAUCAUUUUGAGCAAAGCAUUUUGCCUUGGUUUAAACCACAAAAUAAAAAGACAAUAAAAUCACACCAUAGGAUUAUUUGGUCCAAAGCAAAUAAAAGCUUUAUUAUUACGAACGGCUUUCACAGAUUCUCAGAAUCCAUGACUAUAUUAUAUUACAUUCCAUCCAAAUGAAACUUGCAUUUUUUUUUCUCCUGGCAAGACCUCAAUAUAUAUAUUUGUAAUCAUCCGUUAAACAUGGUGACCUCUAUGGCUUCGUUUCCCAGGUAGCACAUGCAAUACUGUGAUAGCCUGCUUUUGCUGACAGAAAAGCCCUUUUUCUUGUGAGCCAUUCUAAUUGUUGAAAUCGAGAAUGAUCCACACAACUUUCUUCCCAGCCAGAACCCAAUCCCACGUGCAGAAAUAAUGUUUGGGGGAUGAAGGAGACGAGAAUUUAUUUGUUGCUGUCAUUGUGUGUGUUUGUUUGUUAAGAUAAAAAUAAUAUACCUUCUGUAGCUGAGAACUAGGAAUUAAAGAGGGCAAAACCAAAGCAUGCAAAAACAGAAACAAGCACAUUCACAAACUCAGAAUAAAUCUGUUGCCAUUGAGUUGAUUCCAAUUUAUGGCGACUCCGUGUGUUACAGAGUAGAACUGCUCCAUAGAGUUUUCU